AUGGCUUGGCUCUUUCAAAACGCGGGUCCUCUUACAAGGACAUCGCUUUCCGACACUACAAGAAGGGACGUUUUGACCGCGAAAGCGCAACCCAACCGACCAGAUCGUUUCUGUCUGCUGCAUUAAGCACGUCAAAGAUGUUGAGAAGCCGUGUGGUACUCGCGGGUGCGUUCGUCACGCUUCUGGUAGGUUACGUGCACUCCACGCCGUCGUGUCAUCUACGAGAACGUCCCCUGGACCAUCUCUACGUCUGUACGGGAUUCACGAGUCCCUCCGAUUUUGAGGAGCUCAUCCAACGACCCCUCUUUUAUCCCAACACCACCUUCGUUCUUCGGAACAGUACCCUGGACCACCUUCCGGAAGGCGCCUUCGCCAGACUCAGCGUCAGGGACCUGGAACUCAGGAAUGUGCAACUCACGUCGUUCGCGGGCCACGACACCGCUCCUUUCUCGGGGCUCGAAACGAGCCUAAAGAAGAUCAGUUUUACGGAGGACAGUAGCUUACCCGAGUCGUGGGGUGUUUUGAAAAACCUCAGGAACCUCACGGCCCUCGGGCUCGCCAGGAUGACGCGUCUGAACCUCACCAGGGACUUCGAGAACCUGCCGAGCAACGUGAGGACUAUUGCCGUUGUGUCGUCCACCAUCGAGUCAGUUGAUCCGAACUGGUUGUCCAACAUGGACAAGCUGGGUGCCGUCGUUUUGCGCAGCUCCAAUUUCGGUCAAGUUAAUCGUGCCAUGUUUCCCACGACGGCUCCCAACAUGUGGCGCAUCGAUCUCUUUGCAACGGGACUCACAUCAAUCCCUACUGGUUUCAAUGAAGGCAUGCCCUCUCUGAAAUACCUCGACCUGGGUGACAAUAAUAUCACCACUAUCGACGAAGCUUCAGCAACUGCUUUGUUUGACAUAGGUUUAACAAAGCUGACACUUUUCGACAACCCACUUCACUGUGACUGUUCCCUCUCCUUCAUCGUCAAUCACCCUGACCCUCCGGUUCGUGGAAACUGCGUCACCCCUACAUCACUAAAACACCGAGGUCUCACCACACUCACCACCGAAGAGUUGUGCGGCAAUGCUUGAAAAAACUGGUACUGACAUCCAUUCCGACGCGGAGACUCUCGAGGCAUCUACGAUUGCGAAAUAAAAAUAAUUUAAAAAUUGUG